AUGAAAUACUUAACGCAUAUAUUUUUUUUUAUUACACUUUUCCAAUUUAUAAUUGAUAAAUACGAUAACAAUGGUAAAUCAUUGGACAAAUUUUUAAAUAUAAGAAAUGGGAGGUUUCUAGUAGAAUAUUAUUAUGAUCCUAACACUGAUCAAUAUAAUGACAAUCAAUCAAAAAAAAUAAAUAAAAUACAUGCAUAUGAAUCAAAUGGUAUUUCACAAAACAAUACCGCGUUUCCAAAUACUAGUAAUACCCAAAACGCAUCGCCAAGUUGUUAUGCACUGUCUGCCCGCGACAAAUAUAAAUACCAUCACAAUAAUAAAUAUACUACCUCUGAAGAGUCCAAUUUUUAUAAUAGUAUGUUCAUGAAAAAGCUAAGACGUAAUUCUAAGAUUCUUAUGGGAUCAUCUGCAGCGGCCUUUUUUCUUGUCGAUGAUUUAGGAAUUAGAGCUAUUAUAUUUUUAAUAUUUUCUGCUGCCGCACUUGCUUAUUUCACUUCCAUAUAA